AUGCGCUUCAUAUUUGGCCCUAACGUCCAACCCAUGGAUUGUUACCCAGAAUCACGUUAUGACCACAAGGACGGCCUGUUCUUCACAACUGUCGAAUACGACUGCAGUGACUGGGGCAUAUUGGAAGGGCAAGCAAUAUUUGAGUCCAACCUGAGCCCUGCAUCAGGCCCACUUGCUAUCAACUAUACGGUAUGCACUACCUCCUGGGGCGCGAAUGCGGUGUGGCCAAGCUGCUCGCUACUACCACCAGAUCAUACCCUGCUUCAUGGGACAGAGAGUUUGAAGUCGGAAAUAUCAGGUCGGAACGUCGAGAACGAAGGCCUGCUACGAAUCCUUGUCCGGAAUAGCGUACCACGGAAUUAUCAGUCAAAUGUGCAUGUCCCUGGCACCAAUCAAAUCGCUGUUAUGGUCUUCACGUGCGAUAGAAGUCGAGAUUCUUCCCAGCAUGGCACAUGGGAGAUGCAUAACCACAACUACCAGAAGCCAGUUCGUGGGACAAUUAAUAUGAAGCACUCUGUCGUGCUUGGUAACAGAGACCCGAUAUCCAGCUUGAUAGAAGAGUAA